AAAGAAAUGCAGUAAAGAAAUAAGAACAUGUAGUCGCCAGGUGCAGAAACAUCAAAAAGCAAAGCACACGAAAAACAAGAAUCAUCUGAAAUCAUACAAAAUGCUUUUCACAUGAAACAGACAAGACAACCCACAAGUCAUAACCAACGUGUAAUACUCACACUGGUCUGUCCAUUUCCUACAAUUCUUUCAAUCUUUCUGCUGAUCACAACUCACGCAGGACAAGUGUUUGAUUAAAUGCCGCAUCGAAAUCAUAAAAUUCGUUCUCAAAAUCUAACCUUGUACUUUCACUAAAUUGCCCUUCCUAUGCAUGUCACAACAUUUUCCUAGUAAUCUUGGAGCACCCCAUCGAACAUAUAUAGUGAAAAAAAUUUGGACAGAAAUAUUACAUAAAACUCUCAGUUUCAGAAUCUUGGUUGGAACAUCCAGAUUAAGACAUCUUUAAUUUGUCCGUCUUUUUAUGUUAUUUUGUUGAAUGUUAGGACAUAUCUGUAUGUGUGCUCUUGGAACUUCAUUUUAGUUGAAGGGAAUUGUUAGCACAAGGACAAUUUAUGUGUUUUCUAGGUCAGAGAAUUGUUAGCUAGAUUGGUUUGGUUUGUAGUACAGAGGCAUGAACAUGAAGAAAAGAGCAGCUCAUUCUUCUUCUGCUUCACUUGCUCGGCUACGCAUAAAAUUCGGGUCAAGGUUCUUGAUAGCAAUCUUUGCUCUGCUCUGCUUUUGCUCCAUGUUUGGCUUGCAUCAGUUUACUAGUCGUCUCCAAGGCACACCCAAGAUAGCUUUUAUGUUCCUUGUUCGCGAAAAUCUGCCUCUAGAUUUUCUCUGGCAUAGUUUCUUUAAGAAUGCAGAUGCUGCAAAGUUUUCAAUCUAUAUACAUUCCAAGCCUGGUUUUGUGUUUGACGAAUCUACUACCGUUUCUGAAUUCUUUUAUAAUCGACAGCUGAGUAGGAGCAUCCAGGUGGGCUGGGGAAAACCUACUAUGAUAGAAGCAGAGAGAUUGUUACUGGAAGAAGCUCUUGCAGAUUCAGACAACCAGAGAUUUGUUCUAUUGUCAGACAGCUGUGUACCUUUGCACAAUUUCAGUUACGUGUACAACUAUCUCAUAUCUUCUCCAAAAAGCUAUGUAGAAAGUUUCGUUGAUCUAAGUGAGCCACGUUACAGCAUAAAAAUGUUUCCUAUAAUAACAGAGGAGAAAUGGCGGAAAGGAUCCCAGUGGGUUGCAUUACUAAGAAGACACGCAGAGCUGAUUGUACAUGAUUAUACUGUUUUCCCUGUCUUCAAGAAGUUUUGCAAGCGACGACCUCCUCUAGACAUCGCUAAAGCAAAACUGACAAAUGCAUCACUAGUUCAGACGGAGCAUAAUUGUAUUCCAGAUGAACAUUAUGUGCAGACAUUAUUUAUGUUAAAAGCGCUUGAGGAUGAAAUCUUCCGCAGAACGUUGACGUAUUCCUUGUGGAAUCAUUCUACUAAUAGAACAGACCCAACUGGUUGGCAUCCUGUUACAUUUGAUUAUGAGAAUGCUGAGCAACAAUAUAUUGAAAAAAUUAAGGAUAUCAAGAACAUUGUGUACGAAUCUGAACAUCGGACAGAGCAGUGCUACACUAAUUCGAUGCAAACUCCUUGUUAUUUAUUUGCAAGGAAGUUCACACCAGGUGCAGCCCUCCGCCUAUUAACUGAUGGAGUGGUCGGCCCCUAUGAUCCAACUAUAUUGUUAAAGCAUAGACAAAAAUAGCUCAGGUGCCGUGUGAUUAUGAUGUACAGGUACGAAUUCCAUGAGGCAGAGAUGUCCAUUUCUGGUUGAGCAGAAAGCAAAACAAGCCCCCCUUUGCAUAGCGAGUUGGUUUUAUGCUUUUGUUGCGUUGCGGCAAGGUUAUUACUGACUAGGGGACAGUUUUUGCUGAAGUGAGCUGUGAAUUUUGUUGUUACAACUCACAACAAAAAUUAGUUUAUGAGUUUAAUUGUUUGUGUACAAGGCACGAUUAAGAGGGGAUAAUACUUUUUGUAAAUGGGUUGUAAAUUUGGUUAGAUUAUUACUUUAUAGAAGUUUAGCUUCUGAAAUUGCUAAUACAACUUAUGUAUUACUACAUUAAAAAUAAGAUAAGACAUAUAUGUCAUAUAUGUAUGCUAUUUUAAAUAA